AAAAUGGAUUUUCCAAAAUAUGAUGGAAAUAUUCACCCAAAUGAAUGGAUAAAUGAUAUAAAAAGAUAUUUUAAACUUAAGAAUACUAAUAUUAAUGAUCGUUUGGGCAUUGCUAUAUCGUUUGUAGAUCCUAUUAUUUCACUUCCAGCAAAGUUUGAUAGUCUUGAUAAACUUUGUAAUGUACUCAAAGAAGAUAUUUCAUUUACAGUAUUUAAAAAUACAAAUGAGAGAAUGUUACAAUCAUUAAAAUAUGUCCCUGAAAAUAAAGGUGGCAAUACUUCAAAAUUUAUUUCAAAAUUUAGGAAGCUAUGUUAUAAUGCAGAAAUUAAUGAUAUAGAAGAACAAAAGAAGUAUCUUUACAAUUCACUUCCG